GCUGCCCCGGCUUGGUGAGUCCAUACUCUGCUUUCUCCCGGAACCACCUCUCAGCCUGCUGAGCUACUCAGGUCAACGCUUUGACAUGCAAGAGGUUGUUCUGAGCCUGUUGGUCCUUCUAGCAGGCCUGCCUACUUUGGAUGCCAGUGACCCUGAAAAUAAAAAUGACCCUUUCUACUACGAUUGGCACAGCCUCCGAGUCGGCGGACUCAUCUGUGCAGGGAUUCUCUGUGCCCUGGGCAUUAUAGUCCUUAUGAGUGGCAAAUGCAAAUGCAAGUUCAGACAGAAACCCAGUCACCGCCCAGGAGAAGGGCCACCUCUCAUCACACCAGGCUCUGCUCACAACUGCUGAAGAUGGACCAGUUAAAAGAGCACAGGUCCUGGCUCUGAAGGUGGGCUUGAACUCCGAGCUGGCUGGUCCCCUCCUCUACUGACACUGCCUUCCCCGAGCCUCAUCUCACCCCUCGUGGUAGCAGGCUCUUUGUUCAGUUUUUAAUAUAAGAUGAUUUCACAUCA